CAGACCUUGAAGCGGUUAUUAUCAGCGCUUUGGGCAGGAAGGGGUUAAGGUGCAGUUUAUAAGUUACCCGUUAGCCGAGGGGGGAAUAAAGCGCAGGGAGUUGCAGCCGCACAACAACCGGAGACUCAGCCAUGAAAUCCCUCCUGCUCCCCGUCCUGCUGCUCCUCCUGCUGGGGGGGUCACAAGGGGUUAAAAUACAGGUGGGAAAAUUCACUUUCCAUGUGAAGUCGGUUCUGGAGUUAAAGAAAGUGAUUGAGACGGAAGAAAAAGAACCGACCGAAGUAACCCAGGAACUGUGUCAUAGCAACGCCCUCCCGGAGGAGUUCCACCCAGUCUGCGAGGAGGAUAAUGCCCCCGAUAUCUUCAUCCAGCUGGUUCGGGCCGUGGAGAACUUUGAUGAAUGUGAAAUCUGUGCCAACCCGGCCUGUCCCGGAUGCUUCUAGAACCCUUGGGCAGUACCGGCGCUGAAUGG